UAGCUUUAUUUGAACCUAAGAAGUGAACAACGGACACCGGGCGAGAGACCUUAAGCAAAACACAAGAACAGAGCCUGAGUUCCUGGCUCUGUGGUGUAGUUGAACAGGUAAUGAAAUUGACCCUUUUAAUCUACUUGCCUGUAGAGUUUUGAUUCAUCAUGGAUAAUCUGUCACCAGAAGAAAUUCAGCUAAAGGCUCACCAGGUUACUGAUGAGUCUUUGGAAAGUACAAGGAGAAUCCUGGGAUUAGCCAUCGAGUCUCAGGAUGCAGGAAUCAAGACCAUCACUAUGCUGGAUGAACAAGGGGAACAACUAAAUCGCAUAGAAGAAGGCAUGGACCAAAUAAAUAAAGACAUGAGAGAGGCAGAGAAGACUUUAACAGAACUCAACAAGUGCUGUGGCCUUUGCGUCUGCCCUUGUAAUAGAUUCUCAGAUGGUGGUUGUUUCUUUAAAACCAGGACGAAGAACUUUGAGUCUGGAAAGAACUAUAAGGCAACAUGGGGGGAUGGUGGAGACAGCUCAUCCAGCAAUGUGGUAUCUAAGCAACCAGGACGAGUAACCAAUGGUCAGCCUCAGCAAAGCACAGGAACAGCUAGCGGUGGAUACAUUAAACGUAUAACCAAUGAUGCCAGAGAAGAUGAGAUGGAAGAGAACCUGACUCAAGUGGGCAGUAUCCUAGGCAACCUAAAGAACAUGGCUCUGGACAUGGGCAAUGAAAUUGAUGCUCAGAACCAGCAAAUACAGAGGAUCACAGAAAAGGCUGACACCAACAAGGAUCGGAUUGACAUUGCCAAUACAAGAGCAAAGAAACUCAUUGACAGCUAGAGCCGUGCUGUACUUCUUUACCAGUUACUUAGUUCUCUAGCUCCUCAUAAGCCACUACCUGUUCAGAGUUUGAAAGUGUGUGAAAGAAGGACCAGAGGAGGAACGCCUCCUACUACUUAUUUUCUGUCCUUUGGGGUAGGUUCUUGCUCAGACUUCUUCACAGUCUCUCUUUCUCAGUUCACACUCUUAGGCUGCUUUCUGCACAUCACACAUAGUCUGUCAGCCUCUUCACUUAGCUUCUUUUGCAUUCAAGAUUUGGAAGCAUUGCCAAAGAGCCAUGAAGGAGGCAUCUAUAUAAGUAGCUCUUGUUGUUGGUUGGUUUGGUUUGGGUUUUAUGGUAAAGAGCAAGAGGAAGGAAUAAGAAAUGAAGUUGUUAACUCAUUAAAGAGACUACAGGUAAACAAAACAAAAAAAACCAAGACAAAACAAAACAGGCUAAUGCCUGGGGUGGGAGCUUUUACUCAUGCAUUUUGUUUUACAUCACUAUUUUGUAGCUUCUGUUCCAAAGGAGAAUACAGUGUGUUUUCUUAAAGUGAGCCUCCCUUUGGAAUGCGUAGUGAUUUGUGUCUGUGCGUAGGUUCUGGUAUCCCAUUUCAUAUUGCACAUACAGGGACACUAUAAAUGAGUGCCUUUUCUUCUCAUAUCAUGAACCCAUGGUAGGCCUGUUAACCUCGUGAAGUUGUUACCAGUCUUUUAAAGAUGUACAUAUGUAUGUGAAAUAUGAGACUUCCUCACUAAAGCAGGGCUUCAAAAUUUUGGGGAAAGUUUGACAGUGUAUCAUGUGAAUUCAGAUUUACCUCAAUACGAAAAAUUACGUGUAGAUAUGAAAAAGAAAACUUGUUUUGAUCUCAGGUAGAAAAAUAGAGUCCUUUGAGUUUUGUGUAGUUUUAGACAUUUAAAAAGUUAUAAUUUGUUACUAAAAGUUGUUUGGAAAAUUAUGUCUUUGAAUUAAUUAUUGAUGACCGCACUGCCCCUCUGUCUGCCAUACGUAGAGUCAAGUGUAUGGGUCCUGAAGUCCUAGGAAAGCUGAGUUGGCAUUUGUCACCUUUGUUUACAAAGGAGCAUUUGUACACUUUAGAGCUACCAAAGUAGAUUGGUUGGCCAGUAACCGUUGCUUGAUUCUUACAAUUAAAUUUUGUAACUAAUGGUAUUGUUCUUUCAAAUAGGUAACAUGUUUCUAACUUAUUUGUGGGGCAACCAUUUUAUCAGCUUUUGUUAACAGAUUGAAUAAAGCAAAUGGCUAUACAUGAAGCACUCUGAUAGAAA